ACUCCAAGAAACCGCGUUUGAAGCCACUGAACCGGGGAACCAUGAAGAUGCUCCUGCCUCUGGUAAUCCUUCAGCUGCUGCUGGCUCCAGCCCUCACGGUGCCCGGCGUGGAUCACUGGGACUCGUGGAGUCCUUACGGAGAAUGCAGCCGGAGCUGUGGCACCGGAGUGACCAUGAGAACCAGACGCUGUAUCACACACAGGGCUGAUGGAGGACACAACUGCGUCGGACCAGAGAAGUCGUACCGCACCUGCAACAUCCAGGACUGUCCUGAGGGAUCCAAGGAUUUCCGUGAGGAGCAGUGCUCCAAUUUUGAUGGCACCGACUUCCAGGGGAAACGCUACAAGUGGCUCCCAUAUUAUGGAGCUGAGAACCCCUGUGAGCUGAACUGCAUGCCGAGAGGAGAAAACUUUUUCUAUCGUCACCGCAGCUCAGUGGUCGAUGGUACGCCCUGUCACCCCGGACGGAGAGAUGUUUGUGUGGAGGGAGUCUGCAAGCGUCUGGGCUGUGACAACAUGCUGGAGUCUCUUCAGCAGGAGGACCCCUGCCUGCAGUGUGGGGGGAACGGACAGUCCUGCUACCAAGUCAAGAACACUUUCUCUACCCAAAACCUGCCAACUGGCUACAACCAGAUGUUCAUCAUCCCUGUUGGAGCCACGACCAUCAGCAUCAGGGAGACGGUCGCCACACGCAACUACCUGGCCAUCAAGAACCUGCGUGGUGAGUACUACCUCAAUGGCCACUGGGUGAUUGAGUUCUCCAGGGCGACACCCGUUGCUGGGACGAUGCUGUACUACCAGCGAGGAGCCGAGGGCGACAACGUCCCUGAAACCAUCAUCGGCCGCGGCCCCACCACCGAGCCCCUCGUUGUUGAGCUGAUCAGCCAGGAGCCAAACCAAGGAGUGGACUAUGAGUAUUAUCUUCCUAAUGGACGCUCCAGACAGGGCUACUACUGGAGCUUUGGAUCCUGGUCUUCCUGCAGCAGAGAGUGUGGAUCAGGCUACCAGUCUCGUUUGGUCUUCUGCACCAUCGAUAACGAGGCCUACCCCGACUAUCUCUGUGCAUCUCUGCCGAGGCCACAGACCAACAGGACAUGCAACCCCCACCCAUGCCCACAGACCCGCAGCUGGAAAACCGGCGAGUGGAACACCUGCUCUGUUACCUGCGGUGGAGGCUCUCAGGUGCGCAGCGUGCAGUGCAUCUCCCAUGAUGCCGCGGGCCCCCGCGUGGUCGAGGAUGCCGUUUGUGCCACCUACGCCGAGGCACCACCCUCCAUGCAGACCUGCAACAUGCAGCAGUGUGCAGAGUAUCAAAUGUCCAGAUGGAGCGCGUGCUCUGUGACCUGUGGUAAAGGGGAACAGACCAGGGACGUGUUCUGUGCUGGUUCAGGAGGAAUGAGGCUGGAGGAAACAGCCUGCAGCGCUCUGCUCCGCCCGACUGCUGCCCGCCCCUGUGAGAUGGCGGCCUGCCUGAGACAGAUCAGCUGGCACGUUGGAGAGUGGGGACUGUGCUCCCAAAGCUGCGGCUCCGGCUCACGAGAGCGCCAGGUGAUCUGCUCUGACCAGGAGAGGAACCUGUACCCUGUGAGUCAGUGUAAUGCCCACCCCAAACCCUCCACCGUGGAGCGCUGCAACACCCAGUCCUGCUACAGCCCACAGAUGGUUCCCAGCGUCCAGGACCCCCGAGGACACGACAACACACAGACUGCUUUCCAGCCCUACGUGCCCGACCACGCAACAGUCCGCAGACCGGAGACGGAUCCGACCCAGACGAACACAGUCCACGACCCUCACGGCUCCUCCCCGGCCCUCCACUGCAGCCAGUCCCAUUAUGGCUGCUGCCCAGAUGGACGCACUUCAGCUGGGGGCCCCCAGGAUCUGGGCUGCCCACAUGUCCCAGCUCCCCCUCCUGCCCAGCCACACUGCAGCCAGACCAGUUACGGUUGCUGCCAGGACGGAGUGACGGCUGCUCAGGGCCUCAACAGAGAGGGCUGCACGGAGUACGUGGCCGUCGCACCCACUGUCGCUCCUUCUCUUCCCACUGAAAAUGCAGCACAGUGCCGUAUCACCACCUACGGGUGCUGUUAUGACCGCACCACGCCUGCAGAAGGACCCAACGGAGAGGGCUGCCCCAACCCACCCAACCACAUUGAGCGCUCCAUCUGCUCUCUGCCUCGCGCCGCCGGCUCCUGCAGCAGCUGGAUUUCACGCUACCACUACGACGUCAUCACCUCCAAGUGCGUGCACUUCUGGUACGGCAGCUGCCACGGCAACAGCAACAACUUCAUGACCCGCGCUGAGUGCCAGAGGGCGUGCCCGCCCGCUACCCAGCAGGGCCCGGGACCGGCUGCUCCCGCCGCAGUGCCGACUCCUAGAAGAGAACCCACCUCUGGAAGACCUGCAGCUGGAGGAGGAUCCAGAGCAGGGUCCACAGGUGCGGGGUCACGUAACAUGGGGAGGAUUUUCACAGUCCAGGGAGGCUCGGCUGGCAGCACCAGACAGGCCACGAGUGCCGCCACACACGCCCACAGAGCGAGAGCCUUUUUGCGCACUCGCCAGCCCGCUGCCCCUGCUACUGCAGCACAGCACACCGGACCAGCAGCGAGUUUGACCCUGGGAGAAGUGACCAUUGAUAAGACCGACCCUUCCACGGUGGAAGCUGUGGUGGGACAGACAGUUGUGCUGCCCUGCAGAGUCAGCCCGCAGCCGUCCUCCACUGUCAUUGUGGAGUGGAGGAGAGACGGCAUCCCUCUGUCCACUCGCAGGCAUCACCAGCAGCCCAACGGCUCCCUGUUAGUUGGUCCUCUCACUAAGUCGGACUCUGGUUGGUUCUUGUGCUUGGCUACUCGUGAACAGGAGAGAGACCAUCGCUACAUUUACCUGUCUGUCUCAGAGGGAUCAUCCCAGCCGGUUCCUACCUUACUGCCCAGAGAUGGUCCUUUCCCUCGGUUCAGUAUCGAGCGGUCAAGCUCGUCUUUUCUGGAAAUGCGAGCCGGACAAACUGCCAGACUGUCCUGCACGAUCGUCCCUCCUUCAGCUCUUCAGUCCGUCCUCAUCCAGUGGACGAAAGAUGGACAGACAGCCACUGACCCCAGGUAUUCUCAUAACUCAGACGGCACUCUGAUCAUCAGCUCUCUGAAGUCUGCAGACUCUGGAGUUUACACGUGUACAGCCUCCACUCAGCAGCAGCUGGAGCAGAAACAGCUGCAGCUCAAAGUCCAAGCUGACCUGCAGAUCACCACAGCUCCCAAUAACAUCCAGGUGUCUGAAGGCAGCACCGCUGUGCUGCCCUGUGUGGUGUCAGGGGACAACGUCAACAUCGGCUGGUCCAGAAACGGUGUCCCGGUGCGUCCAGAUGGUCGAAACAUCCAGACGUCGUCUGACGGCAGCCUGAUCCUGAAUAACGUGAAGCCUUCAGACGAGGGCACGUACACCUGUAACGCUUACACAGGGAUCUACUCUGUGAGCGCCACGGCUGAAGUCAGAGUCACCAAAGACUCACAACAAGGUGUCGAUGUGCCUCCAGAAUGCGUGGACCAGCCCGAGCUUGCCAACUGCGAGCUGAUAGUUUACGCCCGGCUCUGCUCCAACCCGUACUACUCGAGCUUCUGCUGCGCCAGCUGUGCCAGGCACUCACAGAGGAGCUCCAGGGGCAGCCAGUCGGGCCUGAAGCGCAGAGGGUUUUAAAGACUCUGGGGCCGGAGGCUGUUGGAGACACUGAAGCUGUUUUUUGGAAGACUGCAUUUUUUAAAAACCUUCCAACACUGAACUCUUGCCAAAAGGACUCAAACCACUCAUUUCUGACCAGGAACGUGCAGAAUCACAAAUCAAGACUGCGAUGACAAAAGGGACUGAUUACUGUAGUUUAAUCUGUGAGUCUGUUUUAACACUGAAUACAGAAACAUUAAAUUAAACACUCCAUGUUAAGUCUGUUGAAUGUGAUGAAGCAAAAGUCUUUUUGAUGUUCUUCCUCUGCCACGUUUUUAAAAUAAGUUAUUUACUCACUGGACCUACCGUACACGUUCUCUGUUUUCUAGAGAAUUAUUUUACUUUAUUAAAAGGAUUUGACAUGUAAAUCCAGUGAAAUGAUUCCGUCUCUGCUGUAUUAUUUUGACCACUGCUCUUUUUUUGCCAUUUCACUGAUAAAGAGUUGUAUUUUCUCUUUGUAAUGUUUAUUUUUAUGUAAUUAUU